UUAAAAAUCAAAUUCCAAGAUGGCUGUGCUGUAAAACAACAUGGCAGAAUUUUAAUUGAAAUGAUUUUAAAGAAUUUUAUAGUAAUAGCUGUGCAGAAAGCUCAUAGUUUGAAUUUCUAGUUUAAUAAUUAGGUCUAUAUUUUUUCCACAAAGUGGAAUUAAACUAGUGUUCUAGAUAAUUAUUUCCUUUCAACAAGUGAAACGACGCUUUUUGUGGUGAUAAUUUGUGAAUAGUGAUAGCUGGAUGAAAUAAGGGCGUUUAGACUUGUGUCAUAGCAUGUCGUACCCACCUCGGCCGCCGAUGGUGCCGUACGGGAUAGCGCCCAGUGUGGUGACGGUGCCAAUGGCCACGCACCUACAGAGUGACACGUGUGAGCCUGUGUCGCAGGUGAUGGUGGGCGCGUACGGUGCGGGCGGGCGCGGCGCGCUGCUGCCGGCGCCGGCCAGCAAGGCUGUGAUCGCGCGCGGGCCCACGCGCAACAACGGCGCCAAGGACAGCAGCGAGGGGCCGCCCGUCACUGUCUUCAUAGGCAACAUAACGUCACGCGCGCCGGAGCCCAUGAUCCGCGCGCUGCUGGGCGCGUGCGGGCCCGUGCUGAGCUGGAAGCGCGUGUCCACGUUCGGGUUCUGCGAGUUCGCGUCGCCCGAGGCGGCGCUGCGCUGCGUGCGGCUGCUGCACGACCGCCCGCUCGCCGACAAGAAGCUGCUGGCGCGCACCGACGGCAAGAUGCAGGCGCUCGUCGACACCUACAAGACGGAGCAGCGGUCGCGGCUGGAGGCGGCGGAGCGCGGCGCGGACGGGUACCUGGACGCGCGCCAGCGAGCGCUGGACGACGCGGCCGCGCGCAAGCUGCAGCAGAUCAUGCUGGACUACCAGCACGACAUCAACAACUACGAGGCCAAGCAGAAAGAGGAGCAGCUGUCGAAGACGGCGCGGGUGCUGGAGGAGGCCGACAUCUCGGAGGAGAAGCGUGACGUCAUCCACCGCGAGAUCGGCAAGUUCCGCGAGAGCAUGAAGGAGGAGGCGGACGUGGUGGUGCGCCGCAAGAAGGACAGCAAGGACGAGCGGGACCGGGACCGCGAGCGCGAGCGGGACCGGGACCGGGACCGGGACCGCGACCGGGACCGCGACCGGGACCGCGAGCGGGACAGAGACAAGGAUAAGGACAGGAGGCGCAGGAGCACUUCUAGGGGCAAGGAUCGUCGCGAGGAGCGAGACAAGGAGCGCGAGGAGCGCGACCGGGAGCGAGAGCGGGAGAGGGAGAGGGAGAGGGAGAGAGAGAGGGAGAGGGAAGUGAGAGAACGAGAAAGGGAGCGCGAGAUACGCGAGAGGGAGAGAGAGCGCGAGCGCGAGCGGGAAAGGGAGCGGGAAAGAGAACGCGAGCGGGAGCGAUCGCGCGAGCGCGAGCGCGAGCGCGAGCGAGACCGCGAGCGCUCGCGCGGGCGCUCGCGCAGCGAGGCUGACUCGCGCCGGGAGAAGGAGAUGGAGGAGGAGGCGCGGGAGAAGAAGAGGAGGGAGAAGAAGGCAAAGGAGAAGGAGGCCGCCUACCAGGACAGACUACGCAACUGGGAGAGCCGUGAGCGGCGCAAAGCGAAAGAGUAUGAGAAGGAGAAGGAGCGAGAGAGAUGCCGCGAGGAGGAGAGGGAGAAGGAGGCCAAGCGGUUGAAGGAGUUCCUCGAAGAUUACGACGAUGAGAGGGACGACCACAAAUAUUACAAAGGCAAGGAGCUGCAGCGGCGGCUGGGCGCGCGCGUGCGCGAGGCUGAGGCGGACGGGAGGGAGCGCGCGCGCGAGGAGCGGGAGCUGGAGCAGCUGCGGCGCUGCGUGUUCGGGGAGCGCGCGGCGGACGACGGCGAGGCGGCCGCGGCCUUCGAGCGGCUGCGGCGCCAGCACGAGGACCAGUACCGCCCGCGUCUGCUGCUGCCUCCCGCCGCGCAGGCGCUGCGGCAGCGCGAGCGCAACGAGAGUCGCGCCCGCGGGCUGCGGGCGGCGGCGCGGCGACAGCUGCCGCGCGGCGCCGAGACCAUCGACUCCGACUCCAGCCGCCACUCGCCGCAGAGCUCGGAGGGCGGAACCACGCCGCCGCGGCCGCCCACGCCGGAGCUGCGCGAGCGACAGCACAGACACAGCGCGGGCGACAGCAACACGGAGAGCCCGGCCGUCAACUCCCCGAUCACGAUCAGCUUCAGCAACUCCUACAGCCCCCACCACAACAACGACGGCACGCUGGCGAUGUCCCGGCGCGUGCUGGCGGCGCUGGACGACGAGCCCGCAUCGCCGCCCGCGCGAGUCAAAGAUAGGAAAGAAAAAGACAAAGAACGGUUGAAAGACAAAGAGGAGAAGUUGAAGCGCUGCACGCCGCCGCCUAUGGACAAGCACGCAGACAAGCACGCAGAUAAGCACGCAGACAAGCACGCAGACAAGCAUGCAGACAAGCACACAGAUAAGCACGCAGACAAGCACGGAGACAAGCAGACAGACAAGCAGACGGACAAGCAGAGCGACGACAAACGGAAGCAGGUCAAGAGUCUCAUCGACAAGAUUCCGACGCAGAAGUCGCAGCUGUUCCAGUACAAGCUGGACACGUCGCAGAUCGACUCUGUGCUGAUGGAGAAGAAGAUCCGGCCGUGGAUCAACAAGAAGAUCAUCGAGUACAUCGGCGAGCCCGAGCCCACGCUCGUCGACUUCAUCUGCAGCAAGGUGGUGGCGGGGUCGGCGCCGCAGGGCAUCCUGGACGACGUGCAGAUGGUGCUGGACGACGAGGCCGAGGUGUUCGUGGUCAAGAUGUGGCGCCUCCUCAUCUACGAGCUGGAGGCCAAGCGCCAGGGCCUGCACAAGUGACACGACAGGAACCCUCCCUCCCCCGCGCGCCCCCCCUCGCCCCCCUCCCACCCGCACGCACACACGCACGCACACACGCACGCACACACACACGCACACCCGCACACACACCCGCACGCACACCCGCACGCACACACGCAUGCACACGCACACGCACACUACUCACACACCAACCCUCCCCCGCGCGCUCACACGCAUAGGCGACCCGUUGAAUACGUGUACGGGGAAUAUCCGCACUGAACAAAUACUGAGGAUAUAAAAUAACGAAAAGAACAGAAGUUAUUGGACUGAGCUUAAUGUAAAUAAUCUUCAAUCAUUUGUAUUUGUAUCUAUUUUCUUGAUGUACGCCGUGAUAUUGUCAUGACAUAAAAUAACAAAGUUACUUUUGUUCCAUGAACUAGACGCUGUUGUCCUGACUCAUGUUGCCAUUUUAUAUGAGUGUGAAUAUGUAAAGAGACAACGCGAUCUACGAACAUCUUGAUUACACGUGACACCGUAAACGCGAAUAUUGUUGUCAAUGAAUUUUUCAAAGCGUGGCGCGCAAAUUCAGUUCAAUUCGAUUUGUUUAGCAAUUUGAAUUUUUGUGCUGUACGUGUAAUCGAGGUUUUAGAUCUUUCUUUAUGUAGAAGUAUUGCUGCUACAGAACUGGUGUGUGCAACUAUUCAUCAAUUGCGAAUGUCACGCUGAAACAGGCUUUAAAAUAAAUAUGUAUAAAGUUAGCUGUAUUUGGGUUCAUACUUGUAUGUGCUUCUUCGCUCAAUAUACGUACGAUUUAAGUGUGAACUUCAGUAGGAAACAAUAUUGUUAUGGUAUUCCUGUAUAUUUUAAAAACGCGGGUUGUGUUCGACAUUGUAUUCCUUGACAACAAUGAAGAUAGAAAAAUAAAAUUAAUGUGUAUAUUUUAGUCCUAUUGCAAUUAUAAAUAAACUUUUAAAACUUACGAGAAAAUAUUGUGUCAAAGAAGUUGUGUGUGGUGUCGAGCCAGUGCGGGCUGAUUCACAAUGUGACGGGAAAAGAUUGAAGCCGCGAGGCGGCGCUAGUGUGCUGUGAGAUGGUGAUGGACGACGUUGAUCUAAUUCUGAGGAGAGAAUUAGUAUUGUGAGCUCUAGUCGAGUGCGGUCGGGGCGCUGGUGCGUCUGUCACCUUCGUUUGUGAAUGUGAAUUGUAAAUUAUAAUGUAGUAGAAGACGCGCGCUGAGCGAGUUGAGUGAGUGAGCGGCCGCUGUCGCCGCAGCGACGAUGUAAUUAUGUUAAGUUUUAAUUAAUUACCUCCUAGCGAUAAUAUAAUAUUGUCAGAA